UGGGUAGUUCCUCGACGACGAUAGUCAUGGCUCUGGCCUUAUGUUUAAUGCUUCUUGGUGGUUUCUCAGGUGAAGCAGCAGGAAGGAUUAAUGAUGGUGUGGAAAGUACAGCACAUAUGUUGAUGGAGUGUUCUUUCUCAAGAGAAAUACAGCUAUCAAUUCCUGGAGCAAGAAGAAGCGUACAAGGAGCUAAUAAUUCCAUUUUUGAUUGGAUCCAAAGCUGGUUUGAGGAUGAUAUGAAUAAAAGAUAAAGACUGGACAACUAAGAUGGCAAAUAUGGUCUAGGAGAUUUGGAAGGCAAGAUGUCGAAAUGUGUUUGACAAUAUCACGCCAAACCACAUCACAGUGAUAAGAAAUAUUCACAGCUUAAUUCGACCACUGGCAGGAAAAUGAGAAAGAUGAAUGUCUGUGAAAACAGGACAGACAUAAGCAAUAUCCCAGUUCAAACUAAUUGGAUACCACCUGAAAGUCCAUUCUAUUCAAUAUGUUGUGAUGCAGCUUUUAAAAAAACUGAUUUGAACCACUCUGGCAUUGGACUAAUCCUCCGAAAUUUUGCAGGGCAAUUUGAACAAGCUCAAUGCACCUAUGCAGACAGACACCUGAAUGCGGAGCAAGUUGAAUGCGAGGGACUGCUGAAAGCUAUAGAGUGGGCAAAAGAGUUACAUCUGCAGCAUGGAUGCUUGGAACUUGAUGUGCAAGCUGUGGUAGAAGCAGUGACUCAAGACUUGGAAAAGGUAGCUUGGGAGAAUCAAUCCAUUGUUUUACAGAUUAGGUCUAAACUUUGGCAUCAUCCAACAUGGAGAUGCAAAUUCAUUAGGAGGAAAAAUAACAAGCCAGCAGAUAGCCUGGCAAAGCAUUCUAGAAUUUUCAAAGUUAGUAGGUCUUGGAUGGGUUUACCACCAAAUUUCAUUGCUAAUGUAAUACAAGCAGAGGAAAACUCAGUACUUCUAUUUCAUUAA